AUGGGUGAUUCUCUGUUUCACAAUUCGUCUGCAGCUCCAGAUGACGAAUAUGAUUACUUGAUUAAGCUUCUAGCCCUUGGAGAUAGCAAUGUUGGGAAGACAAGCUUAUUAUAUCAGUAUACCGAUAAUAUUUUCAACCCACGAUUUACAACAACUGUUGGUGUAGAUUUUCGUCAAAAACGAUUAGUUCGAGAAAGUCGUGAUUCUGAAGGUCUUUUAGGACCUAAACAACGCUUGCAUUUACAGUUAUGGGAUACUGCUGGACAAGAACGUUAUCGAAGUUUAUGCACUGUAUUUUUGCGUGAUGCAAUGGGAUUUUUAUUGGUAUUCGAUUUAACCAAUGAGAAUAGUUUUAAAAAUUGUCAUGCAUGGAUGAAUUUAUUAUGUGAUAAUGCUUACUGUGAUCGUCCAGAUGUAGUUCUUGUUGGAAAUAAAUUUGAUCUGACCUCUGAACGUCAAGUAUCCAUGUCCGCUGCUAAAGCAAUGGCUUGUGAUCUCAAUGUACCAUAUAUUGAAACAAGUGCAGCAACUGGUUAUCAAGUAAAUGAUGCAGUGGAUCGUUUAUUAGAUUUAGUUAUGACUAGAAUUGAAGCAUCAGUAACUAAAGCACGUAUACAUGGUAAUACAGAUGGUACAGCAAAUUUGAAAAAACCAGCAUCUAAAUCGAAUUGUAAUUGUUAA